UGUUUGCAUAAAAAGUGAAAAAAGAAAAAUGAAGUGAAAGGUUUUGGUUUGCAGUCGUUCAGAGGGCGUGGAUGGUCCGAUCACAUGGCUUCUUUACCUUCUCCCUACCUUCCUCUUUCGCCGGACCCAGGUGAAAGGCCACUAAUACAUGAAGCCCAGUUUCCAUGGGUGCCUAUUCAGAUAGUGACGCAUGCGUCUCAGCUUCCUGCUGAGUUUCUGGAGCCUUGUGCUGAAAGGCCCUUGGUGAUUGGGUUUGACUGCGAGGGUGUCGACCUGUGUCGAAAUGGAACUCUCUGUAUCAUGCAGCUUGCAUUUCCAGAUGCUAUAUAUCUGGUGGAUGCCAUUGAGGGAGGGAAGAUGCUAAUACAAGCCUGUAAGCCUGCACUGGAGUCUAGCCAUGUCACAAAAGUUAUUCACGACUGCAAGCGAGACAGUGAGGCCUUGUAUUUUCAGUUCGGCAUCAAGUUGAACAAUGUUGUAGAUACCCAGAUUGCUUAUGCGCUGAUAGAAGAGCAAGAAGGUCGGAAGAGAUUACCAGAUGAUUAUAUAUCGUUCGUUGGCCUCCUCGCUGAUCCACGUUAUUGUGGAGUACCUUAUCUCGAGAAGGAAGAAGUCCGGUUUCUUCUUAGGCAGGACCCCAACUUUUGGACGUACAGACCUUUAUCUGAACAGAUGGUUCGUGCGGCUGCAGAUGAUGUCCGCUUUCUUCCAUACAUCUAUAACAGGAUGAUGGGGAAAUUGAAUCAACAGUCAUUAUGGUAUCUUGCAGUUCGUGGUGCACUUUAUUGUCGAUGUUUUUGCAUCACCAAUAAUGAUUUUUCUGACUGGCCACCUCUCCCUACCAUUCCAGAUGACCUACUAGUGGAUGGCAGUGCGCCUGAGGAAGAAAUCCUUUCGGUUCUUGAUGUUCCCCCAGGAAAAAUGGGACGUGUAAUUGGGAAAAGAGGGGCUUCCAUUCUGUCAAUAAAAGAAUCUUGCGAUGCCGAAAUUCUCAUGGGAGGUGAUAAGGGCCCACCAGACAAGGUGUUCAUCAUAGGACCAGUGAAGCAGGUGAGGAAAGCAGAAGCCAUGUUAAGGGGAAGGAUGCUGGACAUGUACUAAGAAAAACAUACAAUCUAUUGUCCGAUCAACCUUUUCCUAAAAAUAAAUAAUAAAAAGAUUUGAGGAUUUGAGAUGA